UGGUGGUAGUAGUUCUUUCACGUGAACAGUGCGGAUACAUUUUCCACAGUUGUCUUUUAGCAGUUGCAUAGUGUUCAGCUCGAUAUUGUCUCUGCGUCGUCAUAUUACUAGAUGCGACGCGACUUCUUCCGGCGUGAUCAAAUUAAGAGGGAUACUUGUCUAAAAAAGGUGUCACCUCUAUUUCCAAAUCAUCCUCACAUAUCUCGGUUCGCUUUGCUGUAGUGAGCGCUGAGGAGUAGCCCACUGUAGUAGCGAAGGACACGCAUUUCUCAAAGGGGCGGAGCUAGCGUUUUCAUACCGAUUUUCAUUUUCUUGUGCUUUUGCAUUCAGACUAUCACGUCCACCCGGUGCGAAUGGCAACUUGUCAAUCGCAUAGCGCACAAGCCGUCAAUUAGCCGACGUUAUUUUGAAAGUAGACAUAUAGGAAUUAACGCACUGCUUUUGCUUGCACAAUGAUAACAUGUGCUUAUUUGUGGGAAAUAUUAUAAACUUUUAAAAUUGGAUGACAAUUAUUCUGUCACAAUAUUACGUUAAUUAUUGCAGACGUCAAUACAUUGUAACUUUAGAGAAAAUCAAGGGGUCUCGCAUUCUGAUAUUAACAUUUUAGCCGUUCACAUUGUGUGUGUUAGCAAGUUGCGCUUGGACUGCUGGUUCUAUGGAAUCUAUGAAGUUUGUAUCAAGACCAGAACGACGAAGAUGCCAAGAGGAUACGCACAGGGAGAAUCGCUAGAAGACAACAUUUAGACUGAAAUCUACACGGACCCUUUGAAUGAGUAGGCUACCUGCAAGACACCUCUAUUGCCUUUGCUACAAAGAUUCAUUAGCGAUAGUUGAUGAAUACUACGUAGAUUUUAGACCGAAACAUAAUUUAAAUUAAUCUACACGCUGUAAAUUGAAGAAAACUAUCAGAAGUCUCGCAGUCGGAAUCUGACAAUUUACAAAUUCCUGUUCCAGAUACCUAUUAAUUUUCAAUGUGCCCUCAACCGGACAAUAUCGCUCCUGUAUGUGAUUGAAAUAUUCGCAAUCUUCUCUUUUUGCGUCGCCGAAAAGCGCAUUGAUUGUGUUGCGGCAUCAUGAUGGAGGAACAAGCCCGGAUGAUGCAGGCGCUCAGCGGUGUGACUCUAGCUGGACAUUCGGUACAAGGAGGCAUGGGACUACCGCCGCCCCACGGACACGAGGGGACUGAUGGGGACGGAAGAAAACAAGAUAUUGGGGACAUUCUUCAUCAAAUAAUGACAAUUACGGACCAAAGUCUGGAUGAAGCACAAGCGAAGAAACAUGGAUUGAACUGUCACAGAAUGAAACCUGCACUCUUCAGCGUUCUCUGCGAAAUCAAAGAGAAAACAGGUCUCAGUAUCCGCGGUGCUCAGGAGGAGGACCCUCCAGAUCCCCAGCUCAUGAGACUGGACAACAUGCUGCUGGCUGAGGGCGUUUCCGGCCCUGAGAAAGGGGGAGGAUCCGCAGCCGCCGCGGCUGCAGCCGCCGCAGCAGGGGGCGGCGCCGACAACUCCAUCGAACAUUCGGACUAUCGGGCCAAGCUAACGCAGAUCAGACAGAUCUACCACACAGAGCUGGAGAAAUACGAGCAGGCGUGCAACGAGUUCACCACACACGUGAUGAACCUGCUGCGGGAGCAGAGCCGCACGCGACCCAUCUCUCCCAAGGAGAUCGAGCGCAUGGUGGGCAUCAUUCACCGCAAGUUCAGCUCCAUCCAGAUGCAGCUGAAGCAGAGCACCUGUGAGGCCGUCAUGAUCCUCCGAUCCAGGUUCCUCGAUGCCAGACGGAAAAGGAGGAACUUCAGCAAGCAGGCCACAGAGAUCCUGAAUGAGUACUUCUACUCCCACCUCAGCAACCCUUACCCCAGCGAGGAGGCCAAAGAGGAGCUAGCUAAGAAAUGUAGCAUUACAGUUUCUCAGGGCGUGGGAACCACCAUCACAGUGUCACAGGUGUCCAAUUGGUUCGGCAACAAGAGGAUCCGUUACAAGAAGAACAUCGGCAAGUUCCAGGAGGAGGCUAACCUCUAUGCAGCCAAGACGGCGGUGACGGCAACCCACGCAGUGGCAGCAGCCAUCCAGAACAGCCAGGCAAACUCACCCACCACGCCCAACUCUGGCUUCCAGAUGAAAGAUGAGGAAUUUCAACUGGACUCUGCUGAGAGCAAAAACUCCCUUUUAACCAACAUGUUCACCGGUUCCUCUGCCUCUUUUAACCUCCCAAACUCUGGGGACAUGUUCAUGAGCAUGCAGAGUCUGAAUGGGGCCUCAUACCAGGGGGCUCAAGUCGGUGCCAAUGUGCAGUCACAGGGGGAUACCAUACGCCAUGCUAUCAAUCAGACAACAGGAUACAGUGACAGGCUGCGGCAUCCUUUGUACAGUCCCCAUGGCCUAAACGGUAACGGGGGUUGGCACGAUGCGCCGACCCCCACCUCAGUGACGUCCCCAAAUGAAGGGCCAGGCAGUGUGCACUCGGAUACCUCAAACUGACCACAUCACUGAACAGAUCCCCCACCAUCACAUAUGCUACCGUGCCCCUUCGACCAAUGUGACUGAACCAAACAGGCCAAACAGAGCCAAUCACCUGCCUCGACUGAGUCCAACCCCUCCCCUCCAGACAAUAUCGGCCAUUUUGUACAUCGCAGAGUUUCCUGGAAAACUCCCCCAGUAACCUUCAGUCAAGACUGAUAUCAUUGGAUACAGCUUUUUGCAGCAUUUUAUGAAUAUGAAUAUACAGGCAAGACUGAGAGGACCAAAUAAAGAAGGGAUCUGUACGAGUUGUGGUUAUGAACGGGAAAGACAACCUGAGGCGAUCCAAAGUAGAAUCUGAAAACCGUACAUUUCUCUUAACCCUCCAGAUUUCUGCUUUUGCCAACUUUUUUCCCCCCACUUUUCCACCAAUUAAGACUGAGGUCACAUAUUGUGCAGUGGAUAAACCGUUCCUCCGCCGGUAUCUACACAACUGCGGGGACGUUGAUAUAAUUUGAAGCCGCAAUUGUGGAGCUGAAGGUUGGUUUGCUUGCCGGAAUGCUUCAGUGGACGUUGGAUGGCUCUGGUGCACUUACUACAAGGAAUCUGACGUGUUUUGGGGAUUGACAUGAUGAAGUACCUUUAAACGGCAGCUUUUAAUCAUGCUCUUAUGGCUUUUAUUGGACACCGCAUACAGUUUCAGAUGGAUAUAUAAAUUCAUGUUCACUCAUUUAAUGACGUUCCAAAUUCAUAUGUAUGAUCAUGUGUUACCGUAUCUUAAGAUCACACUGAUUAUAUUGUAACACAAUUUGAAGAGAUCCAAAAAGAUGUUAUUUAAAAACAGAGCAGUAAUUUACUUACAUCAUGACAACCGCUUAGGCAUCGUCUCCAUUUUAAACGCAUUUAGUCACUUAGAGUACCUGCAUACUACCUCUUCUUAAACUUUAUCACUAGCAUCAAUGUUUUUCUUAUUUUUCUAAAUCCCCCUUUACGUUAAUUUUUAUGUGUAUUGUAAUUAACUUGUGUUCAUUUGCAUAAUCUCUUGUGUACUUUGAUCUUUUUGGGAGAAAAAAAUAUAUAUUGUGUUUUUGAAACUUUACUAAAAGGCAAAAUAACACCUAGCAGUAGUAUUUAGUAAAAAACGAGGGUAAAUUUUGCCACUCCACUAAAGGCCAAAUGUAAAAUGAAUACCAUGGUACUAGCUUCUGAAAGAACUAUGAAUCACUGAUUAAAUCUCAUGCAUUAAUUGAACAUGGUCCAAAAAUUUCAGAAUUCACUAUAAGCCUGUAUCCAUGUGAUUUUUUUUCCCUGUUUCCCCUUGUGGGUAACCUGGCUCUGAGGUACAUAAGAAACAUGUCCUGUCAUACAUGUGAGGUACAUAAGAAACAUGUCCUGUCAUACAUGUGAGGUACAUAAGAAACAUGUCCUGUCAUACAUGUGAGGUACAUAAGAAACAUGUCCUGUCAUACAUGUGAGGUACAUAAGAAACAUGUCCUGUCAUACAUGUGAGGUACAUAAGAAACAUGUCCUGUCAUACAUGUUGAGGUACAAAAGAAAGCAUGCACAGUCAUAAUAUCGCCACCAAACAGUAAAACUGUUGUAAAUACCGAAGAACAUUUUGAAUGUUGCUGAUUUUGUUACUUAUCCUCUUAAAUAUAUUAAUUCAAAUACCUAGAGGUCACAGUACCCAGAACUAUAUAUUUCAGACUCUGUUUGACAGGGUGCAAAUGUGUUCUUUUUCCCUUUCUCUUUCUUUUCUAUUGUACGCCAUUUUGAAACUGAUGAAGUCCUGAUAUAUAUAUAAAAAAAGUUUGUGGCAGUGUUCCUAAUGUAUUAAAUAUGUUUUGUGUUCAUUUCUAACCGUACUACGAGGAGGAUUUUCACCCCAAGCAAGUCCUCUGUGGUAGUUUAUGUGUAGUUUCAAAACACAAAAAAUAAACUUUUGCUUUAAUACUUUGA